AUGUUUCAAAAAACAAACAGUUUCUUCCACAGAACACUUCACAGUCUAAAGUCCAUCAUUCUCUGAGCAGGUAAGAAACUCCACUGACCAAAAUCCAACUUCUCAUGCAUAUUUUGUAGAUCAAACUCUCUCGAUGGAGACAAUAUCUUCGCGAGUUUCCUCAACAUAUGGGAGUCUGAUCUCAAAAACAGCAACGGAGGCUCACUAAAGCAGCAGAAGCACGAACAAGAGAAGAAAACAGAAGCUUGCUCUUCGCGUUCGUCAAGAGACUGCAAUAGAAUGGAGAAGAAGAUUAAAAAGAUGUAUGUGACUCGGACGGGAGAUAUAGAGAAAGCCCUUGACGUUGAAGAGGCACUUUAUUACUAUUCUCGUCUUAGAAGUCAGGUGUAUCUCAAUAUCGUUGGCAAAUUCUUCAAUGAUCUGUACGCCUGA